GCCCUAACUAAGUAUACGUGGACAGAGUCUCCCAAAUCCCCAGGGAGCAGGACAUUUCUGUGUAUUAAAAGAUGCGGUGAAUGGGAGGCAUUAUGGGCUGGGUCAGACCUUGUAAUUCAUGAGCAGUGUUAGCCAGUAGGCCUAGAGCAUCAUGGGAAAUAGAAGUCCAAGGGAGAUAGUUCUUGGAAGAAUAAGAUUUCUUUCCUUCUCUUUCUCUCUUUUUCUUUCGCUCUUUCUUUCUUCCUUUCUUUCAUUCAUUCUUUCUUGUUUUUUUGUUUGUUUGUUUUGUUUUUCAAAACGGUUUCUCUGUGUGGCUCUGGCUGUUCCGGAACUUGCUUUGUAGACCAGGCUGGCCUCAAACUCAGAUAUCCACCUGCUUCUGCCUCCCUAGUGCUGGGAUUAAAUGCGUGUUCCAUCCCUGCCCAGCAGGAAGAAUAAGAUUUUCUGUUGAGUUUUAAAUCAAUGUGUUUAAGUGAUUUGUCUUACAAAAGGAGGCUUCAGUUUAUACUGAGGUCAGAGAAACAGCAUAGAUCUUUAUUCUGACUGAAUCACUUAAACCAAGGUCGGUGACAGGGCCUUCUGUGGUUAGUUUUCACUGCGAUAUCAUCGAGCAAAGUCAGCUUUCUGUGACGAGACAUGUUUAGAACAGUGAGUUACUAAACAGGCACGCCAGCAAACUCUCUUCUUGGUUCACCAUGCACAGCGGUACCCAGGCUGGAACUCAACAGAGCUCGGAAGCAUGGUUUCUAAAACAAGCCUCCAGCUAUUGCAGGAGCCUUCUUUGCCCAAAUUAUAUGCAUUUCUAGAAGCUAAACUUCCAGUCACGGUACAGACUACUAGUUCCUUAUUUUGGCUCAACUUUGUAGAAGAUGAGUUUAAAAAAGGUGUCCACCAACUCCGUUUCUUUACAUUCUCAGAACAACCUGUGCCAACAGCCCUUCCCCCAAGACUUCGUGUAGCACCAUUGACCCAAAGCCUUCUGUUGCCUUGUACCACUGAAUUAGGCUGAUUGUGGCCAUUUGAAUAAAAAAUGUCUCCCAUAGUCUCGUGUACUUGAACACUCAGUCCCCAGUUGGUGGCACUGCUUUAGAGGUUAUGGAACUUAAGGAGAUGGAGCCUUGCUAGAGGACGUGUGAUUUGUGGAGGGCUUCGAGGAUUUCUAGUCUUGCUGCAUGCACUUCUUAGUCUCUCCCUCUCCUCCCUCUUCCUCUUCGCCCUCUUUCUUUCUCUCCUUGCCCCUCCUCUUCCUGCGUCCUGCGUGUGAAGCAUACUGUGAUCUGCCAGCUUUCUGCUCCCUUCCCUGCCAAGAUGGACUCCAUCCCUCUGGAACCAUCAGCUAAAGUAAACACCUUCUUCUUAAGCUGUUUAUGGUCCUCGCAUUUUAUCACAGCAGCAGAAAACUAAGACACCGAUAGACGUAUCGGGGUGUGCACAGUGCAAGUCCCUUCUUUCUUGACUAGGGCUGAGACCACAUAACAGUUUGUGUCCCUUCCCGAACUUGACAUCCUCGAGUCUGUGUCACAAUGCUUUAGUGCCACUUAAAGUGCAAAGGACACUGUUUUUUGAGAAUCUUUUUGGAGCUCUGAAUCAAGAAUCUAUGGGUCCUGAUACAUAGAGGACACCUAAGAGUGGCUCUCCACCAUUGGCUAGAUCUGUGGACUAGAAGGCUCCUUCCGUACUUCCACAGCCGCAGUCACUGCCAGCGUUGGUUGAGGUGAAGGUGCAGCUUUCUGAGCACAGUCUAAGGCCAUUGAGUAACUACCCUCAAGCACUAAUAGUGACCCGAGGGAGAUCUGGUGUCUAGUCCUUUCUUGAUCAGGGUACAGAUGGUCUGUCAGUGAGCAGAGAGUUUGCCAGAACUCUUGAAUGUGCUUUCCACCCGAAAAAGGCCUCAUGAGACAAAAACACCUUACGGUGGCCAACUUGCAUGCUGUGGUCCAGGCAUCCAGUGAAAGCAAAGCCCUGGAAAUGCAAGUAGCAAGAAACACAGCAAGCAUGGGAGCCCACUUUCCCUUGUGCCAGGUUCACUUUGCACAUCUGAGUCAAGAUUUGUGAAGGAUUUUUUGUUUUAUUUAUUGGCUGAUUUAGUUAUUACUUGAAAAUGUGGCUUUUCUCAUUCUAACCUUUGCUGUUCACCACUUGCAAUUGCAGCCACAAUCUGUUGUUGUCGUUGAUGUUGUUGUUGUUGUUGUCUUAAGACUGGGUUCCUCUGUGUAGCCGUGGCUGUCCUGAAACUCAUUCUGUAGAGCAGGCUGGCCUCUGCCUCCUGAAUGCUGGGAUUAAAGAUGUACACCAGCCCCGCUUGGCUUUCCUUGACAUUUUAGACUUUUAAUUGACUCAGUUUGCUUGCAAAAUACAAUUUUUAAGAAAAGGCAGCUCUGUUUCUGAAGAGGCUUUGGAGAAUUAGCUGUGCCAAACGUACGUGUCUCCUCUCUCCAGGUGUGGCUGACAUUCUAAAUUAAGAGCAAGGUCUCAGUGCAGCUGCUCCAAGAACUUCAGGAAGAGCGGAGUGAUACAGUUGGGUGAAGCAGACUUCUCCCAGAAUGUCAGAGAGAGAUAGCUGAAGUGUACGUAGAAAGGGAGCUCCUGGCUUGCUGAAUUCCUUGUUUCGGUCUUGAGAGAUGACCAGCCGCCUGGACAGUUUAACUGGGGAGCCAGUGGGUGGGUUUCCAAGAGAGAGGCCUUGGCCCUUAUAGUUGAUAAAUUUAGGGAAAAAAUUAUGGGGUUUGGAGAGAUGUCUCAGCAGUUAAGGGCAGGCACCUCUUGCUCUUCCAGAGACCCAAUUAUGGUUUCCGGUACCCACAUCAAUUAGCUCACAACAUGUGUGUGGGAUGGGAGUGCGUUUGCUCACCUGUGCAUACACACACACACACACACACACACACACACACACACACACACCACACACACAAAUACAAUAAAUCUUUUUAAGAAAAGAAAAAAUUAAAAAUAGUUCAUGCUUUUAAAAAACACCCAACUCUGUAAAUCACAAGCGUUAGAACCUUCUUGGAAAGAAAUCACAGAUAAAUAAUUCAUGCUGCAUAUUUUAGAAACGCAAAUUUUGGAAUAAAAGGUCUUGUUGGUAGGACAUGCAGGCUGUGGGAAAUGGUGCUCCUGGUUUGUCGCUGCUGGGUUAUACCUGAGCAAGCCAGCGCUGAGGUUUUGAAAGCCUGUAAUUAUGACGGGAUGUGCUUUGAUGGCUAGAUCUGAAAAGUGCAGGUGCUGUCAUCAGCUGCUGAGCUCAGAAGUCACUCCUUGGGAUAAUUGUGUGUGUUGUCAAACCUUCGCCAGUGUGAGCUGUUACAGAACCUCCUGGCUCCCUCCUCUUCAGGUCUGUACCCUGUCCUUCCUGCCUGGGCCUUUGCCAAAAAGUGAAUCCUGAUUGGUUCACCCAGCUGUCAGAGUCCAUUCCCACAUCAUUGGUUUGGGCUUUGACACGUGACUCUCCUCUAUCGAGGAGAGGAGGGAAGGUCUGUCGGAGGGGCUUCUAGGAGAUGCUCAAUUGCUCUGGUGACGUAGAGAGGCAGAGGAUUGUCCCUGCCCACUACCAGCUGUGACAGUGAUAACUUGGGGGUGUGCCUUCAGUUUCUGACACCCUUGGGAGAGUACAAACACAGGCGGUUGCUAAAAGCAUAAAAUCAGAGAGAGAGAGAGAGAGAGAGAGAGAGAGAGAGAGAGAGAGAGAGAGAGAGGUCUCCUUUAGUGUCCAAGAGUAACGGUAACAAGGUUUUCGCCUCACACUUGGUGAAUGUCUACAGUCGUUAUAGUCCCCAGAGGGGGUCCCUUGCUCAGUGUCUUGUGCCAAUGGUAAGAUAUUUGUUUAUCUACCUUAUCAGAAGCAAAAGAAUGAUGGCCUUAAGAGGUUGUGAAACUGAGUGGGAUGGGGGUUGGGAAGAGACUGAAAGUCUUUUAAAAACGAUUUGAGCUGAGAAUCGGCCAAAGAAAUCAAGGGGAAAGUUUUGCACCUUGGGGUCACCAAGGGUCCUCUUCAUCCACUAGGAUGGUGUUUCUUAUCCUCAUCUGAAGUUGCUCACCAUCACCCUGGGGUUUGCCAUUUGGGAAGGGAAGGUGUUGGGGAAAAUGUCCAAGAAAGAUGGCGGGGGGCGGGGUGGCACACGACCUCCUUUUGACUCGGAGUUACCAGAUUCUGCUCACUCGCUGGUCUGUGGCCAGAACUGUUUUGGAAAAUACUCUCUCUAGUAAUAAUAAUGUGUCCCAUUAAGCCUAGGGAAGUCUGAUGGGAAGGAGUACAGUUAGGGGUGCCUGGUCAUACAGUGUGUCUGCUGGCUACAAGAAGGACACAAGAAUAGAGUGUUGGGCCGCCCUGAACGUGAAGCAGGAUGGGAGACUUACAGGGCGGGUUCUCCAAACACUGUAGUGCUGGGGGCCAGUUUUGCUUUGCUCUGCUCUGACCUUGAACGAUGCCAUUUAGAACCCUCAGAUUCUCUUUUUCUUUGCUAUUCUCAGGAAGCCAGCUCUUGCUAGGGAUGGGGAGAGAGUGAGCAGAGGCAAGGCAGAAGAAGCAGAAUUGGUGCCUUGGGUGAGCUGGUGAGAGUCACGGGGCUGGCCCUUCAGGCAACAGUGCUGUCUGUUACAUUCUUCACAACCCAGGGCUCCAUUUCCUCAUGGGGAAAACCAUAGCUCACUGAGGGUUAAAACAGAGCUCUAGUCUUAGGUCCCUGACCCUGACUCCCUCCUGUGUGGAGUACUGCCAGAUCUCUGCAGGUCCUAAAGUGUGGGGAGGAGCACUGGGCCUGGUGCAACCUUUUAUCCAGAGCCGUGCCUGGGGCCUGGUCUCCUGUACUGAUCUGUUUCCUUCCUCUGCACCGCUGCGGGCUGCACCACAUCUGGGCAUGGUACUGUCGUGGGCUCCGUUACCUUUCCAGGUAGCCUAGGUGAGAAAAGCGUUUGGGGAAACCAGGUAUAGGGCAGAGGACAGACUUUCAGAGUAGUCACAUCCCAGGGCUCCUGGGUGUCCUGUGAGAAGUCUCUGUGGUGUGGAGGGCAGGGUCGGCCGCUCUGGGCUUUCUCCUGGAGGAGAACACCUGCUGGAAAGAGACUGAAUGUUAGCCUAGUAAACAAGGGGCACUCCACAGGGUGAGCCUGUGAACACUGCCUGGUGGUGUGUUCUUGUAAAUUACAGCCACAGAUGCUCCAGCCCCAGUCCACCCCUCAGGGCAGUUUAAUCGCUUCUUCCAGGGAGCCCCAUGACGGCUCCUAGUCUGGGUAUGACCUCUGUGCCCUGUCUUUCCCCUGAGACUAUAGUUUCCUGUGGCCCAACGUUCCGCUUACUCCUUACCAUUGGACAAGGAAGCUUACUUUUAAGAUUAUAUUAAAUAAACUCACUUUAUUGUGCCGAACUCACAAAUAAAAACGUCCCGGAACCAGAUUAAAGUAGCUGGUCUAACAAGCCCUUACCCAGUCCCAAACUCAGUACGUCUCACCGAUCCUCUGUGCAGCUAGAACAGCCCUUCUAAAGUCUUAGACCUUCGCUUAGUGCAUUAAACGUUGAUUGUCAGUUACAUGUCUUAGGCACUUAUCCGCACAGAGCAAAGCCACGGCAGAAUGGAGAUUAAAACCCUUCUCUCAUGACUCACACGCCCGCCUGCCCGCAGUCCAUCUACUUUUUGAAGUAAAACUUUUUUUUUUUUAAAGAAACUGGUUUUGCUUGUUUUUCCACCUUGACUGUUGGACGCUGUGGAAGCAGAGAAUCACAUGAUGAUCCUCGAGGCCCCACCACCAAGCUUCAGCCGCAGCAUCCUUUCGCCUCCUUGUUAUCCUCCCUUGAACCCCAGGGGCUUCCCCCCCUUUUAGAUUUACUUAUUAUUUGGUCUGUAUGGGUGUUUUGACCUGUGCACUAGAGGCCAGAAGAGGGUAUUAGACCCGCUGGAACUGGACUUACGGAUGGUGUAGGCUGCCACGUGGGUACUGGGAACUGAACUCAGGUCCUCUGAGAGAGCAGCCAGUGCUCUCAACUGCUGAGCCCUCUCCAGCCCUGCCCUCCUGUGUAUCUUUUUACAGCAAAUCUUGGGUCUCAUAUCCUUCCUUCUAGAAGUCUGUAAUGCAUUUUAGCUUUGAGUUUCAAGGUGCCUCCUUUUACUGCCCCACUGCACCCCCAAAGUCUGGUGCCUGAGAUCUUUAUUGUUUAGAAUGGCACCUGCUGAUGUCAGGAGAUACUAUGUUCUAGAAUGAACUGUACAUGCGUGUGUGAGUGAGUGAGUGGAUGCAUGUGUGGGUGCAUGUGUGGAUGCAUGCGUGGACGUAUGCAUGGAUGCAUGGGUUGGCUUCCCAAUCAGCUGAAGAGCUCUGGACCCAGGCUGACUGUUGUGAGCUGAGAACACCCCAUUCCACUCUGUACUCUGUGCCUCACGGGCAACUCUCGACUUCAUCCAUCUUCAUCAGUCUCCAGGGUUGGUUUAUUCUUAGCCAAGCAGCUUUGAUUUUGCAAUUAAGCUCCAUUCUGCCGUGACCUUGGAGUCCCCUUCAGAUGCAGCCUUUGCCUUGCUUGGCUCACGCUUACUUUACAAUUACAUGAUUCUUUUUUUAAAUUAUAAUGCUCUUUACUUAGGCCCAAAUGAUCAUGAUCAAGAUGAAUCAGAGCAUCUACCAAAGCAUUUUCUUUAUUUAAUUCUACCCUUCUAUUCCUGGGAGGAGCACUUCAGCUGAACAUAUGGAAGAUAAUUGAAUGCAUAUUUUCUUUCAUUUCAAAUCCUAAAUUUUCUAUCCUUUGAAGAGGAAACCAGAGCCAGUUGCCUGAUGUGGCAGUCUUGGUUCUUAUAAAUUAAAAAAAAAAAAAAAUAGUUCAGGGUUCAGCUCUGGAAGCCUCUGUGGUGGAGUUGUAGCUUAGGGAAAAGCCUUUGGUGUGUUUCUUUCCCCUUUUAAUUCAGAAGUGGUAUUUACCAGAGUGUAAGGGGAUCUGCUCAUUAUCUUGUGCUGUCUCAACUCGGUGCUUUUGCUUUUGCUGCUCAGAUUUAUGGUAAAGUCAAAGGGAGUUGGCCGGAUUUUCUGUUUGUUUAAGCAGAAAUUCAAUAUAAUAAUUCUAGGUUUGAGGUAUUUUUAGCCAGGGACUAGAGCCAUGCCAAGCAGCCGCCACAUAACAGGUAACACCAUCAUAUGGAGUCAUGUGCUGGAACAUGUGGCUGUGUCCACAGGAGCGUUUUGGAGAAUUGGGUUUGGUUAUGACUGCAUGUUGGAUCGAGAAUGUCUUUUGCAUGGACGGUAACGGGACCUGAGAGAUGUUGGGGAAGAGGAAAUGAGAGAGCCACAGUCCCUCAGAAACACUUCACCCAGCCAACAGGGCAGUGAGUCAUCCUAUGGAUUUGAUUUUCUGUGCUGUGAGUAGCAGGCCAUGGGGCUUCCCUCAAGGCUCGGACCAUUGUGAUCUGUGUGUGUGAGGUGUCUGAGGAGCUGCCUGCAGUAGCCCCCGGGGGUAGGCACAGGAGCCACAUGACUUAACAAGUGCCUCCCUUAGCCUCCUGGCUGGCAUAGCAACAGGGGAAGAGAGUGCUGGAAAACCCAGGCUUCAUCCCGGACUUACAGAGCUGAACAGAGGCUACACUUGGACAGGCUCCGGAUUAGAGGUGAAACCAUGAAGAGAACGUAGAACACGCAAUAAUGCUUUACCGCAAUCGCUUCUUGGUGCUGCUGGCCCUGGCUGGGCUGCUGGCUUUCCUGAGCCUCAGCCUGCAGUUCUUUCAUCUGAUCCCAGUGUCCACCACAAAGAAUGGCGGAAGCAGCAAGAGCCGGAAGAGGAUCAUGCCUGACCCAGUGACAGAGCCCCCCACGGUAGACCCGGUCUAUGAAGCUCUUCUGUACUGCAACAUUCCGAGUGUAGCCGAGCACAGCAUGGAAGGUCAUGCCCCGCAUCAUUAUAAGCUGGUCUCCGUUCACGUGUUCAUCCGCCAUGGGGACAGGUACCCACUGUAUGCCAUUCCCAAAACGAAGCGGCCAGAAAUCGACUGCACUCUAGUGGCCAGCAGGAAGCCAUAUCACCCUAAACUGGAAGCUUUCGUUGGUCACAUGCUGAAAGGUUCCGGAGCCUCUUUUGAAAGCCCCUUAGGUUCCCUGCCUCUCUAUCCUAACCAUCCUCUGUGUGAGAUGGGGGAGCUCACGCAGACAGGAGUCGUGCAGCAUCUGCAGAAUGGCCAGCUGCUGAGGGACAUCUAUCUGAGGAAACACAAGCUUCUGCCGAACAACUGGUCCUCAGACCAGCUUUACCUAGAGACCACGGGGAAGAGCCGCACCCUGCAGAGUGGGCUAGCCUUGCUCUAUGGCUUCCUCCCAGAGUUCGACUGGAAGAAGGUCUACUUCAAGCACCAACCAAGUGCUCUGUUCUGCUCUGGAAGCUGCUACUGCCCGCUAAGAAACCAGUAUCUGGAGAAGGAACAGCGACGCCAGUACCUGCUCCGUCUGAAGAACAGCGACCUAGAGAGGACCUACGGGGAGAUGGCCAAGAUCGUGGACAUCCCCACCAAGCAGCUCCGGGCGGCCAACCCCAUCGACUCCAUGCUCUGCCACUUCUGCCACAAUGUCAGCUUCCCCUGCAGCAGAAGUGGCUGCCUUGGCAUGGAGCACUUUAAGGUGAUCAAGACGCACCAGAUAGAGGAUGAGCGAGAGAGGCACGAGAAGCUCCUGUACUUUGGGUACUCCCUCCUCGGGGCCCACCCCAUCCUGAAUCAGACGGUUAACCGGAUGCAGCGCGCUGCCUUGGGCUGGAGGGACGAGCUGUUCACCCUCUACUCUGCUCACGACGUCACCCUGUCACCCAUCCUCAGUGCCUUGGGUCUUUUGGAAGCCAGGUUCCCAAGGUUUGCUGCCAGGCUGGUUUUUGAGCUCUGGCAAGACCGUCAAAAGCCCAGCGAGCAUUCCGUCCGGAUUCUUUAUAAUGGGGCUGACGUCACCUUCCACACCUCCUUCUGCCAUGACUUCCACAAGCACUCUCCCAAGCCCAUGUGUCCUCUGGAGAACUUGGUCCGCUUUGUCAAAAGGGAUAUGUUUGUAGCCCUGGAUGGCAGCAGUACUAACUAUUACGAUGCAUGCCACGGGGAAGGGGCCUAAGAGGUACUCAGCACAGCCGCGUCUGCUUGCUGGUUCUGUCUGUUGCUAAGAUGUCAAGGUAUGGAGUUCUAACGGUGCAGAUUAGGUGGGGUGAUCAUGCUCAUGGGCGAGACAAACGGGAACACAUACCGUAUACUACUUGGUACAAAAUAGCCGGUUCACAGAGGAAGGAAGGCACGUUCUCACAGCCGUGCGCAGCUUAGAAUGCCAGCAUUCGGCUCAGCACUCACAGUUGCCAAGCCAACCUUAUAUAACUUUUGGCCUGCCAUGAACCAGCAAACCUCUGCCAAAGUCCUCUUAAUCUCGGACAUUCACCUUCACCUUGUGUGGAAAUUUUCCCAGAGGAACGAGUUCAAAGUGUGCCCGGCAGCCUUUGUCUGGAGGGACCACAAGAUCACUGUCUUAGACUUGGUAGCCCUAAAGGUCACGGAGAAUCUCUCCCUGUCAGAUCUUCUCGGCUGUGCGCUGGUUGGCCAUAUGUAAGUGGGCAGAAUAGGCGGCAGCCAGCUCUGGCCGCUGGCUGUUUGCUGACUCACCUUGAAGAGCAGCCUGUGCCGUUGGACUCCCGCUCCUUGGGAGCCAGCGGGGCCGCAGUGCGGCAGGUCCUUUGGGAGCGUCUGCUAGAAGCACAGGGUUGGGUCAAUGGCCCUGGGUGAGAAAGCGCGUAGGAAUAACUAUUACAGCACUUGAUGCUCAUGAGGAUCAUGGCACAAAAUAGCUUUACGUGUGUCUUAGGUGUUUGUCUGCUGUAGUCUACUGGCUGCAAACUGCUGGGCUUUUGUAUCCCAUUUAGUAUUUUUAUAGUCUAGGAAAAUAUUUUCUGAGACCAGUUUUAGAUGUGUUCAGAUUCCUAUAGAAAUAUUCAAUUUACUGCACCUGCUUGGUGGUUGGAAGGAGGCCAAAAGCUCAAUUUGGACACUCUCUCUUUUUUCCCCCUCCGAAAAUAAAUAACUAAUGACUCAUUCCUUUUGACAAGCUGUAGAAUUAGGUCCAUUUUUAAACCAUUUUCGUCUAUUUCAAAUGCCAAAUUCCAAUCGAUUUUUAAAGAGGUUUCUAGAAAAAAAUUGUUAUUCCAUAGUUAAAUAAUCUUUCUAAAAUGUUUUAUAUAUCAGGCGUGAUCACAACUGACUGCGUGGUUCCUCGGUCAAUGGUGCUAGCUCGUUCUGAAGACAGGGCCAUGUGGGCGGCAUUGGUUCUGCAGCAUCGGCACGCCAGCCUUCCUCUUCCUCUGUGUCUGGUGUUGCAUUGGAACACGUUUUGUUUUUAGAAAUAAAAAAUUUUGAAUUCUUA